AGGAAUCGAAUUGUGAAAGUGAUGGAAAGUAUGCGCUAAUCAGUCUAUUGCGACGACUAGCGCGUACAGAGUCCACAUUUUCGCGAUGGGAAUGAAGGUGGCUGAGGCGAUCGACGUCAGUCAGCCUUGACUUGCAGCACGGUCGCGCCUGGCUUCACAACAGCACCGCCUGAGACUUUCUCGUUCCCACUUCCCAACAUGUCCGAAAUAGCAACCUAGACCCUGAUCUCAUCGAGACAACACGAUGACCGAGUCUCUACAGACUCCGGCGGAGCGCCGCUACCUGCGGCCCAGCGUAAGCGCCGACAUGCUAGAACGAGCACCUCCUGGAGGCAAUGAGCUCACGACAGCCCGCAGCUACGGUCUGUGACGAUGAUACAACCGAAGACUGGCGAGCGCGUCAAACGAAACUUCACGCUUCGACGAUCGGUCCACCGCAACACCGAAUCCUCCGAAUUCCUGCUUGCGCCUGGCCAGUUUGAUCCCGCGCGACAUGAAGAGUUGGGACGAUUUGCACAGAUGUGGGAAGACUUCAAGUUCAGGCUGCGACAAGCCUACGCGUACGCGACAUCUCCGACCGGAAUCGGCAUAUUGAAAUGCUCGCUGGCAUACAUCUUGGGUUCUUUGGCGACUUUUGUACCUCAAAUCGCUGCAAUACUUGGCAAGAACGACGGAAAGCACAUGGUCGCUACGAUCACGGUGUACUUUCACCCUGCGCGCUCAGCCGGUAGCAUGAUCGAAGCUGUCAUGUUGGCGUUCGCCGCUUUCAUGUAUGCUGCGUUUGUGUCCUUCUCGAGUAUGGCAGUCUCUGCCUGGUUUGGCCACCAGCAUCUUCUUGUGGUUGGCCAUGUCAUUGUGCUCAUUGUAUUCUGCGGAGGCGGCCUGGGCCUGGUGGGUUGGACAAAGCAUAAGCUUGGUAAUCCUCUCGUCAACGUGGCUUGCUCUUUGACAUCACUCGCGUUGAUUACAGUGUUGACUAAAGAGGGGGCUGUGCAGAAUGCGACGUUCUCAUACAACAAGAUCUGGCAAGUGUUGAAGAUGGUCAUCAUGGGGUGUACGGCAUCAGCGGCAGUGGCUCUCCUGGUACGACCAACGUCAGCGCGGACAGAAUACCGCGACACAUUUCUUCAAUCGACGGAUGCCAUGGCCGAAACUUUAAACGCCAUUGCUCGUAGCUUCCUCUCCGGCGCCGAGCAAGACCUCAGGAACGAACUGUUUUUGAAGGCUUCGAACAAAAGCCAGUCAACGUACAAGACACUCGUGAAGAACCUGGGAGAAGCCAAGUUCGAACACUAUGUACUCGGCACUGAAGAAGAAUACAAAAUCAGCGCGCGUCUCGUCAAGUGCUUGGAGAAGUUGAUCCAGAGUAUCGGUGGCUUGCGGAGUGCGGCAGAGACACAGUUCACAUUGCUCGCGCAAUCCAACACGAUGGCUGACACGCCGUAUGACAAUAUGCCCGCGAACGGUACCGUUAGCUCAUCGGUAUUCUCUGAACACACUCUCUCGCAAAGCCCACCUCAACUACUGUCCCCAACCCUCAGUCACACCGAGAGACGCACCAGCAUACUUGCUUCGAUCGACGAACUCCCUGAGCCCACCACUGGUGAACCAUCUGUGCAGGCUUCUGCUAGCGUUUCAGAUGACGAGUCCAGCGGCCGUGACCUUCCUUCUAGAUUGCAAGACUUUGUCAAGUCCAACCUCACACCUGCGGACAUGUUCUCCGUCUUCAUCGCACAUCUAGGACCGCCCAUGAAAUCGUUGACAUACACGCUGCGCGAAGUGCUAUCAGAACUUCCAUUCGGACCUGGCCCAGAAUACAACAUGACCAUCAACGAGCACUUCCGUCAUAGCCUUGUGGACGCCAAAGCGCUGUUCUCGAACGCCAAGCGCGAAGCUCUCGGUGUCGUAUAUAAGACCAAGAUACCGUCCAAGACUGGAUCAGCAGCGGUUGCUGCUGACUUUGAAGAAGUGGCAGCGAGCUGUGGCUAUUUCAGUUCUUCACUAGAGGACUUUGCUGAAGACAUGGUGAUCUUCUUAGAUGUACUUGAAGAGCUGAAGGCAAACGUCUACCGUUACCCUCGACGUAGGAGCUGGAAAUGGCUCAAGCUCUGGCAUUUAGGGCGCAAGAACAAACGAGCGGAUUGCGAUGAUUCAGAGAGCUCGAGCUUGAUCGACGAAGGCGCCAACCAGACUCCAGGUGGUUCGCACGAGAUUCACAACCCCAUCUACCGCAGAUCCACACGUGGUGAUCCGUAUAAGUCAGAGAAAGAGCAACCGCUCUCAUAUCGUACCUGGGUUGCUCUCGCCGUCUUUAGAAGGGACGACCUGAAGUAUGCUGUCAAGGUUGGCCUUGGUGCUAUACUCUACGCUAUGUGGGCCUUCAUUGAGCCCACGCGAGCUUUGUAUGGUCAUUGGCGCGGUGAGUGGGGUCUCUUGUCCUACAUGUUGGUGUGCUCCAUGACCAUUGGUGCGUCGAACACGACCGGACUCCAGCGAUUCUUUGGUACCUGUCUGGGAGCCGUCUAUGCUAUCAUCGCGUGGAUCGCAGCGGACGAGAGCCCAUUCUUACUCGGCUUCUUUGGCUGGCUGGUUUCUCUGAUAUGCUUCUAUAUCAUUGUUGGCAAAGGCAAAGGCCCCAUGGGUCGUUUUAUCCUUCUCACGUACAACUUGUCAGCCCUGUACGCCUAUUCACUGUCAGUCAAAGACGAAGACGAGGAUGACAGUGACGAGGGUGGCAUCUCCCCUGAGAUCUGGGAGAUCGUGUUGCACCGUGUCGUGGCUGUCAUGGCUGGAUGCAUCUGGGGUAUUGUGGUGACUAGACUCAUUUGGCCAAUCUCUGCUCGACGCAAGCUGAAGAAGGGUACCUCCUUGCUUUGGCUCAAGAUGGGCUUGAUCUGGAAGCGCAGCCCACUGAAGACGCUGCUCGAAGCCAACCUCGGCGACACCCACAGACCGUACUCAUACAUGAGUGAGCACGAAGAGUUAGAGCUACGGCAUUUCCUGAGCCACCUCGAAUCAUUGUGCACCGCAGCUACCUUCGAGUUCGAGCUGAGAGGCCCGUUUCCUGCCAAGAGCUUUAAGGUGAUUAUGGGUGCCACGAGCCGCAUGCUGGACAGCAUGCACGCCAUGAACGUCAUCAUACUAAAGGAUCUCAAGGCGACUGAGGGAGAGAAGGAGGUUCUAAAGUACACAAGGAAGGAGUGGACCGAACUCAGUUGGCGAAUCAGUCACUUGUUCUCCGUCAUGGCAUCCUCGAUGAAGCUCGCAUACCCCUUAAACGAUGUCCUGCCGAACAUUGAACACACUAGAGAUCGACUACUCGCGAAGGUGUUUGAGUUCAGGCAGACCGGCCUCGGCAAGGUCAUAGUCAAGGACGAGGACUACGAGCUGUUGUAUGCUUAUGCUUUAGUGACUGCACAGCUGGCGCAUGAUCUUGGAAUCAUUGGGCAGGAGAUUGAGAAGCUGUAUGGCGUUCUCAGCGAGGAAGACCUCAAGUUGCAGUAGACAGAAGCUCAUGAUAAUGAACAACAACGAUGAUAUAUUCCCCGCC